GAAAGUUCAUUUUUUUCCAAGACGAUUUUUCAUCUCAAUCAAGUUCAAUUUUCCAACAAUUUUAACUGUUUCAAUUUAAUUGUUAAUCUAAUUUCUUUUUUCCUAAUCAUGGCAACUGCUGGUGGAGAAUCUAAAAAACCAACUUGUAUCAUUGUCAUGGGAAUGGCGGGUUCAGGAAAAACUUGUGUUGUUCAGAGAUUAACAGGUCACUUAUAUGGGACUGGUAAACCUCCGUAUGUCAUGAAUUUGGAUCCUGCUUGUAUCGAAUUACCAUAUCCAGCUAAUAUUGACAUUAGAGAUACUGUUAAAUAUAAGGAAGUUAUGAAACAAUAUGGAUUAGGACCUAAUGGUGGUAUAAUUACCUCUUUAAAUCUUUUCUCAACUCGUUUUGAUCAAGUAAUGAAAUUACUUGAGAAACGUUCAAAUGAAUAUGAUUAUGUUAUCAUUGAUACUCCUGGUCAAAUAGAGGUUUUCACCUGGUCAGCCUCUGGAUCAAUUAUCACGGAAACUCUUGCCUCAACCUAUCCAACCGUCAUAGUAUACGUAAUGGAUAUUGUUCGCAAUAUUAAUCCAGUUACCUUCAUGUCCAAUAUGCUUUAUGCUUGUUCAAUUAUGUUCAAAACAAAGUUACCCUUUCUCGUGGUGAUGAACAAAAUUGAUGUUCAUGAUCACCAGUUUGCCCUGGAAUGGAUGAAUGAUUUUGAAGCUUUUGAAGCAUCAUUAGAAAGUGAAACAUCAUACAUCAGUAAUCUUACUCGAUCCAUGUCAUUGGUUUUGGAUACAUUUUACAAGGAUCUUAAAGCAAUCGGUUUCUCGGCCGUCUCUGGAUCCGGGAUUGACCAAUUUUUCAAGUCAAUUGAUUCAGCUACCGAAGAGUAUUACAAAAUCUAUCGAAUUGAAUAUGAAAGAAUAAAAAAAGAAGCCGAAGAAGCAAAAAAAGGUGAAAAAAAGAAAUCAAUGGAAAAGGUUGCUUUGUCUUCGGGAGAAGGUGAAGAGUUGAUUUCCUUUGCUUCAGAGACCAUGGAUUCAUCUUCAUCCAGUAAAUCAACUAGAACAAAAUCAAGAACAAUAUCAAUCAUUCAAGAGGAAACCAAUGAACAGAUGCAAACUGAAUCAAGAGAUAAUCACAAAGAAGAUGAUGAAGAAGAAGAUGAAGAGGAGCGUAAAGAGUAUGAAGAAUUUAAAAAAUAUCUGGCAACAAUUAAAUGAACCAUGGAAACAAGUUCAUCAGUGUGUUAAUCAGAUAAACCAAGUGCCCCAAAGAGAUACAUAUUAUACAUGAAUCGGUUUCCUUUUGAAAACAGAGAGAAAAACUUUUUCUAACUGCUCUUUCACAAUUGAUAAAUUGUUUCUUAUCAUAAUAAUAAGGUUUAUUUUUGUGUAAAUUGAUAUAAGUGUUAUAUUUAAAUAUAAUAAUAAUUUUUUUCUCUUUCUCUUGAAAUAA